UGGCUUCAAAGCCAACCAAUUUUCUCAAACAACCUUUUCCAUGCACAGCUAGACACAUUAUAUAUAGCAACAUUCCAUGUUUCAUUUUCAAGACUCUAACCAGCUAGCUACAGAUCUAGAGGUGAUGUCACUGGAAUAAUCUCACCUAUAGUAGAUCUAGUUACUAGUAGUACAGUGAUGGCUACCUCAAAGCUCUGGAUACAUGUUCUGAGCGGUCUCGUCCAAGAUUCUGACACAGCUCCUGUGUACGUGUACCUCCGUGUUGGUGAGGCAACCAAAAAGACGGUGAAAGCCCCACCCCCUGACCCCCAGUGGAACUACGACUGUGUCUUUGAAGUGGACCCCAAUGAUGUAUUUGGGUCCGUAAUCUUGGAGCUGUAUCGGACAAAGCUCUUUGUCCUUUCCGAUCUUGUGGGUGUGGCUUCAGUGCCUCUUGCCAGUGUCAGACACUCCAAUAAGAAAGGAGAGGGGGUGUGGUACAAGCUCCUCCUACCCGCGGACAAUGGUAGUCAGGUUCCCACGGACCAUCAACUACUUGUCGACGUGCACUUUGAACUUCCUCCGGACUUGCCAGAAGAUAUCGCUCAGAUGCUCGACGAGAAACUACGUAAACUGGACAAUGUUUUGCAACAGGAGGUGGAGACCAUCGAGCGUCAACAGCAGCAGAUAGUGACUGGAGAGCUAGCUUCAUCCCCUAACCCUGAUCUUGAAUUGGCAGCCCCACCCACUAACCUCGCCCACGUUCCAAGUUCUCCUGUCCCCCCAUCCACCCCCUCAAGGAGCUCCUCAGGCGUACUCUCCCCCUCACAAUCACGGUCACACUCACUUUCCUCGCGAUCACUGUCUCCACGAUCACUGCCCCCGCAAUCACUGUCCCCCUCCCCUGACCCCGCCCUACAUUCCAUCAUACCAAGCAUGAUUCGACAGGUGCUGGGUGGCUCGAGCACAUCAUUAGAUAGCAGCACCAUUGAGGUUGGAGUACCUAUCUCUGAUUAUGAGGAAAAUUUCGAACACCAGCGACAAAGAUACUCAGUCAAUAGCGAUGAUCUUGAUUUCCCCGAUUUCGACUGGGAAUGUGACGGAAGUGCCAAAUGUAGUGACUCCACUGGAGUGCGAAGGAGGUCUUUAUCUCCCCGUCAUGUCAAGAAACACGCUUAUAACGGAGCAAGUAGCAGGGGCUCACCCCCAGUCAGACAAGGGUCUCCUGGGCGGAGUCCACUCGUACACUCCCACACAGUGGACCACAAGAGGAAGCCUUUUGAGGACAGAAACCUCCACCCGAUGUCUGCUUCUCUAUCGCGGUUGGACGACAAGAAACGAUCAUCUAUCGGCUCGGAUAGCCUGAGAGUUCCAUCAUCUGUCGCCGUGGAUACUCGUACCAUGGCCAUGAGCGACCAAUCACAGAGCGAGAAUGGAGCCUCAGCCAGUGCUAAGAGGAGGGGACUGCAACGGGCGCACGAAGUCAGGACACCAGAUAUUGAUCAUUGUGAUGGUCCAGGAAGCAUGACAUCGGAGGUAGGUGUGGGGAGUUCUCCAAACAGGUAUGUGAUGCUAUGGAGGAAGGCGUACGAACAGCUGCUGCCUGAGAUACGAGAAAACAUGAAGUCGAAUACGAGCAGCUUUGCAGGGCUAUUUGGGAGUGGAGCCAUCACUCUUGUGGAGCUGGUGAACCAGCUGCAGAGCUACAAGAAGCUGAGCGAAGCUAAGAAUGAGCUGGUGGACAGUAUCAAGUACUUCAGCAACGUCAAUACUGAGUUCCGUACUCGUUCUCGGAGCGUGAUUGAUGUGAAAAAAAUCCGGCGUAGCAGAAAACACUACAUCGAUGAAGAUAUUAGGAUGCAUGUGUACAGGCGUACGGUGGAGGCUCUGGUGUAUCCUGCCUCAGAACCUGACAACCACAUGUUUGAGGUCUGGUCUGCCCGUAAACCCACCAACUGCUCCGAGUGUAGCUCCCUCCUCUGGGGGUUGCACAAACAGGGGGUCAAGUGUGAACGCUGUGGUAAGGUGUGUCAUGAGAGGUGCUCCACUCUAGCCAGCCAAGAUUGCUUCAUUCAUGAUCAAGAGUCAGCCAUUAAUGACAAGAUGCAUCGUAUGGAAGUGAACCAUGCCAACCGGUUCCAACUCAUACGAGAAGCAUUUGAUGUACCCCAACGGGAGCACGAGGCCAUCGCCACGGAGACCAAAGACAAAAUACUCCAGAUGGCACAGAACUUCAGUGCAGAGGUUACAGUCAAUGUUAUUGGGUCUCAAGGUUUGCAGUUCAAAGAGAGCGAUCACAAGAUCUACGUGUCUGUUGCCCUUGGAGACAACACUAAGAGGACCAAAGCGUUCAAACGUACAUCAGCCGAUAAGAGCCCUCCAUAUUGGAACGAAGACUUCUCAUUCCUCUGUUACAACUAUCAUGAAGCCAUCCAGAUACGCGUAUGGGUGGAGAGAGAUACGGCACUGUCUCGCAUGGCCCACAGGCUCACCAAGGAGGGGGACACUUUCAUAGGGGAGAAGAUCAUUGAAGUGCGGAGAGUGGGACCCCCUCAGGACGUCUGGUACAAGCUAGCCAAGAGAACUGUGAAAGGUCCGGAGGUGUGCGGACAUCUCAAGCUGAGCAUUGCCGCUCACGUUGAGGGGGACAAAGUUAUCACUCCCUUUCAUCAGCAGUACAUGAAGCUACACGAGCAACUGUUCCUUCACUGUCAUCUUAACAGCAACCAACCUCUUGUUUCCAUCCCUACCAAACCACCUGGCGACGAUGAUGCCUUCUCUGUCAAGUUCCUCCCCUCCGUCUCCCAGGAGAUUAUCGAUGAGUUUGCCCUCAGAUACGCCGUGGAGCCUAUCUUCAGAAUGAUGGUCCAUAUAGAGCUCCUAGUGAACCACCACUCCCUCAAGUCGGCCCUUAUCAUGAUCGACAAUCUCCUCAAGAAUCUCAAGUUCAAGAUGUUCCUUCAUGUUGCGGCUGACCACGCCUCCAGAGCCGUAGGAGCUACCGUCCUCAUGGAGGAGUAUAUGGACGCCAGCAACUUUGGGAGAGACAACUUCUCGAGACUAUUGGACAAACUGAUGACCUCACUCAAACUGGACUUACAACAAUACCGGGAGUUUUAUCCCCCCCACGAUCAGCAAAAGCUUGCAGAACUGGUUGAAACUUGUCAACUUAUGGAAACAGUUUUGGAAUUUCAGCAGCAGGCUAUGGGCUUUCCCUGUAACUUUAAACUGGAGCAUCUUAUUCUGGAAAACAUGAAGGAGUGUGUGAAAAGCACCUUUGAAUUUAUAGUGCAGAAUAGCAUGGUCGAAGACAACAGCAAACAUCCUGGGCUCAGCACAGCUGGCGCUCCAUUCCAGUUCUUCUACAGUGUGCUCAAGCAGAUGAAAGCCGUCAUCAACGAGGAUAGAAAAGUUUACGCUCCCAGUAUAGCUAAGUUUUGCACGUUCAACCUUGGAGAUGUGUCAGCUGGGGAGCUAUGGCGAUGGUUCUCUGAGACCAUUGAUGGGCUGUUUGCCGCUCCUGCUAACCUGGAGCUCUUCCCUCCCAAGGAAUACAUCAGUCUCUUCUUUAUUGUUCAGGGGUUGUAUGAAUCAGAGAUUCGUCGCGUGCCCAUGUACAAGGAUCUGACCCCUGACUACCCUCGCUGGUUCUUCCCCUGUGGUAAGCUAUGGUUGACUGGCUAUCUGAACGAAGGAAUCGUCUUUGUCAACAAUGCCUGGGAAGAUGACAAAAACACUUUUCAUUUUGCUUCUCACGAGAAACAGAAGUUUACUUCGUCAAGUUACCAGAUGUUCUUCUACCUUCACCACGGACUGGAGUUUGUUCAGGGGCUGGGUCAGGAAGACAGAGAUGUGCAUACCACCUACCUGGAGGUGUUCGCUGAGGUGGUGUGUUCUCUGGUACAACACUACGUUGACAAAGUGGUUACUCACAUACCGGAGUAUGUAUCAGAGCUGGAAACAGUGUGCAUGUUGCUUAACAACCUCCAAUCCCUGAGGGUAAACGUACAAACACUGUUCUCACAGAUGGGCGGGGAGAACUCUGGACCUAAAGUAUCCAAGAUCUUACAAGAGUUUCAGAGCGGUGUUCUCUCCAAGGAGCACUCUUCUUGGUGUACGUUUGUGGCCAAAAGUUUAAUUCCUCACAUUCUGAGGGAGGUGGGUACUCUACAAACAGAGCUGCUCAAACUGAAGGGACAGAGUAGUGUGGAGAGGAAGCAGGUGAAGGUCAUCGUGAGACCGCUACUGGACAUGCUCACAGAGAAGGCACGUACCAUCGCAGAGACAUGUGAGCAGGGAAUCAUGUCAAAGGUCAUCAAAGAGGUGUGGUACAUCUGUUUGGACAGCCUCCAUCGAAUGCUCCUCCCCAUGCUCAAGUGGGAACAGCAGGAGGGGUCACAGAGUACACCCGUCCAGUUCCCUAAACAUCACUUCACAGGACGUCAGUGUGCCGCUCUCGAUAUCGCCAUGGAUAUCUUGAAGGAUUUCUUCUCGGCUGCUGGUAGCCAGGGAAUCAAAUUGAGCACGAUUGAGAAGGGACUGAAACAGCUGAAGGGAGUUAUCGGCCUCUACAGGGAAACCACAGAAAUGCUGAUCACUGAUUUCAUUCUUGAGGAGACUAGUGGUGGUGCUCAAGCGACUGAAGAGUUUUGUGGAGAGGUGUUUGUGGAGAUCGACGCCUACUCCCACCCCACCACGGGGGAGCUGGAGGGUCUCAUCAGAGUAAUGUCUGCCACUAACCUGUCCCUGAAAGGUGUCUCGGCUCAAGCUCUGAAGCCAUUUAUCGAGCUCCACCUCAUCUCCUCCUCGGUCUCUUCCGGCAGCAAGAGAGCGUUCAAGACCAGCUCCAAGGGCGGCACUUCCCCUAACUUCAACGAGAACUUUAAAUUCACACUGCCCAACUGGGAACACUCAGAGCUGCAAGUGAUUGCAAAGAACUCUGCUACGUUUGGGUUCGGCAAAGACAAAAUCAUCGGGAUAGCUGUGAUCCCGUUCGUAUCGGUUAUCAAAGAUCCGAGCCUCGCUUUGGGUCUGUCGCCACGGUUACGCCUCUCGGACCGAGGGCAGGCCAUCCUGAAUGUACUGUCUGUGCGAACCUUCGAUAACUUUGCUAAAGAGUUCAUUGCCCUCAAGGAUUUCCACCAGCGACCAGUAUCCAUGGAAGGAUUGGAACAGUGAACUUAAAACUUUGGGACACUUUUUAAACUUCAAAUUCAACAUUUUAAGCACUUUUGAAUCAAUCACGUAUGUCGAUUAUCAUGCAGUCAGCGAUUAUCAUGUCGGUACAUUUGUUCAUAAGCAGGUAUUUUAGUCAUGCAUUACAUCAACUUAUACUUUACAGACAAUUUUUGUGUAUUAUGUUUGUAUCAAAUUAUUAUUACAAAUCCUUG